AUGGUUGCCUUGGUGAGCCUCCUCAGGACGGAGGCGGGUGGCGAUCGAGCGAUAGCACUGCCGCCAGAGGUGGUGAGGCUCUGGCCGAAGAUGCGUAGCGAGUGCACCAACGAGUGGGUCACCUCCAUGGCGGGCAAGUGGGGCGCAGCGGUGGCGGGCAGCAGCGCUCUCAGGGAGGCUCUGGUCACAGCGCUUGCCGGCGAGGUGCUGGAGCGAACACCGGUGAAGCUAUACGCGGUCACGGCGCUGUGGGACUCAGCGGAGCUCGGGAUCCCAGUUCGCACUUUGCACCUCGAGAUCCUGAGCCACCUGAGCAUGCGCCUCAUUCGAGAGCGGACAGCAUACGCCGAGCCCGUUGCGGCCGACAAGUCGACCCGUGCUGGCGCGAGAAGCGGCAUCGCCUUCGGCAGGGUCGCCCCCUGCGCCGUCCUGGAGACCAACAAGCUCAGUCAGGUGUACGCGCUUCUGAGUGGCGUCAAGAAGGCGAAGCUCGCGAUGUCCACCAAAUCGGCGCUGAUCGGAAAAAACAAGGGCGCGACGAAGGAGGUGGCGCUCAAGUUUCACAGUCGUGACAUCACGGUGAAGGUGACUGAUCGCGCUCUCGACCUCGGCAUCGACCGCGGCAACGUGGCAGGCUGCAAGGGAAAGUAUGCCAAGAGAGAGCACGGGCAGAUGUCCAACGACGGCCGCUGCCUCGCGCAGCAUACGUACGCUUGCAAGGCGUUCGGCAUGGCGGCGUCG